AUGGAAGCAGAUGAUCUUGAAAUUUCAGGAGAGGGAAAUCUCGUGAUUACCGAAGAUGAUGAAGGUUUGGGCGAUGCCCAGGUGCCAAGCACCAAGAUCGGUGGUGCUGCGGAUGCAGCCUCUCCGGCACCCGACGGCGCUGUAGCGAAUCACGACAAAUUCGAUGCCCGCACGCUCAUCUCGCUCUACACCGCCCUGCAAAGUGAGCUUGCGGCAACGAGACGCCAGGUGAUUGACAUCGAGGCCGCACUCCAGCAGAAGCAGGAAGCCCUCGCCGCUAGAGAGGCUGCAUUCGAGAAACAAUCGCAGCUCAUCGCCGAUCUGAGUAGCGACAUCGGCCAGCUGAAGGCGGCCAAGCAGACGAAGAAACAGAUCAAGAAGGACGUGGCCAAGGACGUCAACGAGUUGAAGCUGAGCCUCGCCCUCGUCGAGUCCGAGAACCGCCGACUGAGGGGCAUCGGCGACGAGGUACAGAACGUCAAGCGCGAGUGGAAGGCCAUCCACGAUGUGCAACAGAAGGAGCUCAACCGAAUUCUGCGAAGCGGAAGCCAAGGGGACGAGGAAGCGCACGGCGAAAGAAGGAAGAGGAAGAGAUGGAGGGAUACGAAGAAGUAG